AUGGUGGGGCAGCUGCGGUCCGUCUACGAGGGGAAGUUCACCGUCAGGUUUCCCGAGCUGCCGGCCGAUGGAAAGUUGCUUCCCACUGGUGAUACAGCUGUGAGUUGCCUCACCAAGGUUUUACCCGGGCCCAUUACUCCAACUACUGUGCGAAAGUUUCAAAAUACAACAAAUCCAGCUCCUGGUGUUGAAAGAAUGUUCUGUGACAGAGCAGAUGAUCCUGACAUUGGAGCUCGCUUGACACAUGGCAUAGAGUCACGUUCUUCACUCAGUGCAGCUUCAUUGAUAAAUCCACUUCCUAAAACUAAUUUUCAACAAAAAAUACAAGACAAAAAAGAAGCAAUCUACUUUAGUAAUCGUCAAGCAUCCUUGGGCAGAUCACAUAACCAAGCUUCUAUGUUACCUAAGGGCUUGGAUAUAAUUAAUACUACAUUUGGAACAAAGGUCAUCCAAGAUGUAUCAGCUGGACACCUCAUAAAUCUGCCAAAAACUUUUGAGGAAGUGGAUAAAGAAGCCAGAGAAGGACAUGAUCUGUACGUUGUGUCACACAAUGAUUAUCAUGUGGGGGAAUCAAUAAAUAGGAAGUAUGAUUCGCCAAACUUCAGCGAGUCUUUUGUUUAUAGACUAGAAACCCCUCACUUUAAAGAUGGGUGAAGUGUAUCCAAAUCACAGAAUCACAGAAUCAUUAAGGGGCUCUGUGAUCUGCAAUCGAGGAGAGCAGCAAAAACUGUAACAAAACGAAGUGAUGAUUUCAAGGAAAAAUUUCAACCUCAACUUGGAAAAGUGCUUGAUCCGAUAGCAGAAACUAUGAAUGUUCCCCCAGUCCAUACAUUUGGAAUGUUACUCUGUCCAGAUGAAGUGUUUAUUCUUGUAGGAGUUGGUGAUCUUCUUCACUGCCAGGUUCUGUGUGAGUUCCUCUGUGGUAAAGACAGAGCUGUCUUGACUGCAGUUCGGCAAAGUUUGAAGAAAGUUAACUAUGAGUAUUUUGACAUGUUACUAGAAGCAUUCAGACAUUAUGAUAUGAAUGGUGAUGGAACAGUAGACAAGGACAACCUACGAAGGUCCUGUUUUCAGCUUAAUCUGAAUCUAGAUGAUGAGCUCCUGGAUUCUUUCUUUGACUAUUGUGAUUUGGAUAAAGAUGGUCUGAUUAAUUAUCUGGAGUUUGCAAACCUUCUGAACUGGAAAGACAAAAUGUCUGUUAAAGAGUUUGAAGAAAAAAUAAUUACAAAAGGGAAAAAACUAGAUGCUCCAGUUCUGCCUGAAGACACAAAGAUUAAUGCUGAGCCACUGCUGAAGCAGGAAGAUUUUGUGUUAAAAGAACUGUGAAGUUCAGAAAAGACUCCAGAAAUGCUUACAAGAUCAACAGAUCAUGUAUUUGCAAAUUAUCAAACAACUUCUCAGUAUUAUGCUGUAGUCGGUGGUCUCCCAACAACCUGUUAUCCAGUGUGUGGUGUUCCAACUAUUCGUUCAGAUAUUCCUGCUCCUCGAAUUCGCUGCAUCAGUGACAGAACUAAUUAUGGUGAUGAGGCCAAUGCUUAUGCAUUAUUGCUCCCUUCUGUCUUCAGUCAAAAGGGAGUGUGUGAAAUAGACUUUUUUAAAACAAGACCAAAGGCAGAGAUAUCACGAAUUCUCCACAACAUUGGCGUGAACAUUUCAGAUGAAAGGUUUGAAGAGAUAUGGAAGCAAGCCUGUAUGAAAUAUCAGAAGGAAGAGGUUUGUGUAGAAAGCAUCAGGAAUGUACUGGAUGAAAUGCAUGUAUCACACACAAAAACCAGUUGCUAA